UUUUUAAGACACUGCUGAAGAGCAUAAUUCAGAAAUCUUGGUGAAACCACUCUGUUGUCCAAACUUCAUAAUGACCUUACUGACAAGUUGGAUAUCAGUCCUAACAGCAUUUCUUCUUCUCUUAGAUUUUUGGAGAGCAAAGACAUAUGCUUUUGGAAAUCCAGAAGAGGAAAUAGAUUACACAUAUGUUAUUAUAGGAACUACUCUGGGAGCACUUCUGUCAAUUGGUUUUGUAGCAUUAAUAAUCUGCAUGAUCAAAACCCAAAUGUUUGACCAUGUCUCUGGAGAGUCAGAUGGCAAAAUGGAUAGAAGGUCAAACAUGGGAUCAAGCCAAAACAGAGAUGACAUCCAUGUACUGGAAAACCUAAGUACAAAAGAUCAAUAACCCUUUUGCAAUCAACAGUUACCUGGUCUGAGGAUCAAUAGAAGUCUCUUGUGCACAGGCAGGAAUCUUACCAAUACCAAUUCCUUUCUUUGUUCUUUAGUUGAAAGGUUGAUGGAUUGAUUACAGGAAGAGCUUAUAGUGCAUGCUAACUUCAGUCACUUGCACCCAAAAAGCCUGCAAUGCCCAGCAGAAUGUAUAUGAACAAAAUGUAUGAAGAAAAUAAAAUAGAUGAGGUCUGUUCAUUAAUAGAUCCUAUUUAGUCUGUGAUAAGUAUAUGAUUGAUUUCUAAAAUCAGUUAAAUACAAGGUAAUAAAAAAGGUAGCGAUAUAAUUCAGGAGCAGAAUUCACGAUCACGCCCAUAUUUCAAGACAGGUUAAUAAUGACUGCACCAAGUUGGAAAAUCAUUCAUUUGAAGUUGAAGCAACACAAGGCUUCUCAAAUUUUUCAGGAAAUAUAUGUUUUGUGUUAAUAGAAAAACAUUCAGCCAUUUUAAAGUUUUAUUUUUUUUUAGAUUUAGUAAUGAUGUCUUUUGUCUGUAGGUGGUAGUGCUGAUUUCAGCCAUUUUAAAUGAAUUAUGGCCAUUUAAAGUGAAAAAUUCCUUUUGAAAUAAUGUUUUUCAUGUCAACACUGUACAAACAAGCUAAUCUGACAUUUCCAGAAUUAACCCAUCCCUAUUUUUUUAGUAUAAGAAAAUACACUAAGUUCAAUUAGAAUUUGUGAAUAAUUUCACUCUCACAGAACCUUCAUUCUUGUUCUAGCCUUGUAUAUUCCAGUGUACUUGAUUGCAUCAAAAUUGCUUGCCAGUUACAAGCUUCUUACAGUGGGAGUGACAAGAAGAAAAUUUAGAGCUUUGUCUCAGAACAUUUAGAAUAGUUUAAAUAAUUUUAAAUAGCGUAAACCCAAGUUACUUUGUAAACAUUUCCAAACUUCUACUAUAUUUGUGAGCCUGUGGCUUUGGAAGACAAUACUGUAGAUUCUAUUGUAUUUAAUCCUCUUCUUUCAAGAAUGCUAUAUGUAAUAUAUUGUCAUUACGAGGUGCAAGAAAAGCAGGAAGAUUUUUAUAUUCCAAGCCAGGCUUUCCUUUCCGCUUCUGAAGAUGGGGCAGAAAAUCCCAGCUGUGGGAGCUCGGGGAGCACUUGGCCAGCAGCAAUGCCAUGCUGGGCAUCCUCUGCUAUUCCUACAGAUCCUCUCAGGAAACCCAGCAGGACUUAAAGGCUUGGGAGCCUCAGGUAGAUGGCAUGCGCAACAUUAAGUAAUGUCCCAAUAUUUGACAGGCAGAGCAUUACAGCAUUAUGUUGUAGCAUUACAGGAUGACUCCAAACAGGAUGUUACACUAUUUUAUUGCAACUUACAAAUAACCAUUAUCUAAGUCCAAAGACCACAAACUGUAAAUAAAUUGGAUCUUCAUAAACUUUUAGCUCAGGCUAAUGUCUAUAGACAUGGAUUUUUUUAAUCUCUCAUCUAACAUAUAUUCUUAAAGUUAAGUUUUUAUACCUCUGUCUGCUCUCAGUUAUGCCAUGUGGCAGAUCCUAACAAUAAAGUCCUUUCCAGUUCUUCACUAAUACAAUAGAUGUAAUCCAACUUAAAAAAAAAAAAA